UUGAUAGUCCUGGUGUACGCCCACCGUCAGUAGAUCAGCUGGAUGCACCGCGCGUCACCAGUAUCAGAAGCGCACCAGACAGCAUCCGUCCAUGUGUUGCGCGCUCCAGCCUACUUAGAAAACAAACUGCAAGCUACCUAAUUGAAGAAAAACCUCACAAUAGUAGACUUCUAGAUUGUACUGUUCAUUUCCCCGUCGGCAUGCAGGGAAGAGGCACAUAUAUCAACCCUUUCCCCAGACCCCGGUGUCUGGCGGCCGCGGCUCCGGCGGGGAAAGCGAAACUAACCCACCCGGGGAAAGCCAUCCUGGCAGGGGGUAUUGCAGGUGGCAUAGAGAUCUGCAUCACCUUCCCAACAGAGUAUGUCAAGACGCAGUUACAGCUGGAUGAGAGGGCUAAUCCACCCAAAUACAGAGGAAUAGGGGACUGUGUAAAACAGACAGUACAGGGUCACGGAGUCAAAGGGCUGUACAGAGGACUCAGCUCACUGCUGUAUGGAUCCAUACCCAAAUCUGCUGUCAGGUUCGGGGUGUUUGAGUUCCUCAGCAACCGUGCGAGGGAUGAGAACGGUCGACUGGACAGCACCAAGGGCCUGCUGUGUGGGCUCGGAGCCGGGGUCCUGGAAGCUGUUUUAGUGGUGUGUCCCAUGGAAACUGUUAAGGUUAAAUUCAUUCAUGACCAGACAUCAGCCAACCCGAAAUACAAGGGCUUCUUCCACGGUGUCAGAGAGAUUAUCAAUGCCCAAGGAAUUAGAGGGACAUACCAGGGUCUCACUGCCACAGUCCUUAAGCAAGGCUCCAACCAAGCCAUUCGAUUCUAUGUGAUGACCUCUCUCAAGAACUGGUACAAAGGUGACAACCCUAAUAAAGCCAUGAACCCCAUUGUGACGGGAAUGUUUGGAGCUGUAGCUGGAGCAGCCAGUGUCUUUGGAAACACACCACUAGAUGUCAUCAAGACAAGGAUGCAGGGUCUGGAAGCACACAAAUAUAAAAGCACAUUGGACUGUGGUUUAAAGAUCAUGAGACACGAGGGCCUGGCAGCUUUUUACAAAGGGACGGUUCCUCGGCUGGGCCGUGUGUGUCUGGAUGUGGCCAUAGUUUUCAUCAUAUAUGAGGAGGUGGUGAAGGUCCUGAAUGGGGUCUGGAAGACGGACUGAGCCUCUGAAUGUACAGUAAAGGGCGGCAGCUUCCUACUUUCCAGGCAUCAGACACAGAUCCCAGUUUUGCAGACCUCCUCCGCAUUACAAAACCAUCCGAAGAGGGGGUCAGACCGAGCCAAACUGAGAUGAGUAUCAAAUGCUGACAGGAAGUGAAAGAGCUCAUAUAGAUAGGGGGCCUUAGAAAGAGAGAAAGCCUGAAAAGAGUGUCGCCCACAUCUGGGCAGCUGUUAGUAUGCAGAGCUCUGCUGCAUUAAAACAAGACAUCUUAUAUCAAAGGUAGGAUCAUAAAAUGAUCCAAAUCAUCUUGAAAUAGCAUAUCCUAGAAAGUCAUCAUGUCUCAAUAUUCAACAAAAUGUCACUAUUAGGGUCCACAUCAUGAUUAAUUCAAACAUUGUUGAAAGAAUAUAAGCUUUUUUUCCAAGUUAUCUGGUUAAAUGUAUUUAAUCCUGCUUUGUAAAAUACCCUCCUUCAGUGGAGAACAUUGUUUCUCAUCAUUCACAGCUGCUUUACUCAUGUUUACUGCGAGUAAUGCAUGUGUCAUACUACAUUUUCUUAAGUUAGAUUUGCUCUCUGUGUCUACUUGUGCCUGUUUUUAGUCCAGAGGAGCUAGACUACAGCUGGCUGCAGUUAACAGUCACAUAUACUGCAGUUACUUCCAUAACUUAGCCUUUAAUAGAAUGAUUUUACAAUUAUAAUAUGCCAAUUAUUUUUAUAAAUUAUAGAUUCUUAUUUAGUUUAUAAUCAGCAUUAUAGUUUUAUUGUAAAGUAUGAUAUAUAUUAUUCUUGUGCCAAAUGCCAAACCUGUUAUACUAUGAAAAUAUGUUCAGAAUAGGAACAUGCUAAUGUAGCAUAACAAGCUUAAAUACAGAAGAGCAACUAUUAUGACUUAUAUUGUGACCUUCUUUAUAAAUGUAUGUAUUGAAUGUUCGAUAUCUAUAUGGUUGAGAUAUGAUGUGAUGUUAUCUUGGGUCACUGGUUGUUUCUGUGAUCAGGUCUGGGUGUGAAGGUUUUUUAAGAGAUUUGGAAAAUAUUAUAUUGCUGUAUUUCAUUGUGAUUCUAAAUGACCCAACGACAAUAAGUCAUAAAGACCGAGUAACCUCUGAUCUGUUUUCUCUUUUAAUGGAAGCACUACUGCUCAUCAGGUCACUUGAUGCAUAGUUGUUUUCUUCUUGUGAUAGAUGCAGGUUUCAUAUCUUCCCUAAUGAAAUCGUUCCCAGAUAUUGGGACCUUGAAAAUGAAAGAAGACACAUUGUUAAACACAUAAAAUUAAUAUAUUUUAUAUUUAAAUGUAAUGUAUUUAUAUGAAGAUUACUCACAAUAUAUUUAAAUCUAUUUGCAUUGGUGUUCUGUUUCUGUAUUUCAUUCAGGGUUAAUUUGUAUUUAUCACUCAUGUGCCUUUUGUUGUUCUGUUACACUGUGAAUGCUACUUGAGGUAAAUCCUAAUUUAUUAUUAUUAAAAAUAUUCAUCUCUUAUAACAUCUUACCGACACAACAACUGAAUGAUAAUGAAAACAGUCAUGAUCUAUAUGUAUUAAUGUAAUAAUUGAAUAUAAAUACGGAUGGGUUGUGUUUCACUAUUUCUAAUAUAAUGUUCAUCAUUUCUAUCUUCAUUUUCUCAGUUUGACCGAACAAUGGUUGUGAUUCUAACUGCCAAAUAUCCAAAACAAAAUGUUAGUGUUAUUGCAAAUCAAUGUACAUGGAGGCUAUGUGGUUCUUUAUGAUGAAGCUUGUGAAUAAAAAGCAUCCCCUCUA